AUGAUGGACAGAAGCCAAAAUGAAUCCAGGAAUACCCUUUUCAGCAUUUAUGAUGGCUUUAAUCUAGGUGGAAAGUCGCCUGUCUGAGGAGCGAAUGAUUAUAAGAAAGGAACUUCGAAAAACUUAAUUAGAAUUAAAGAGUCCAAAAAUAUUAUACCCGGAAGAGAUGGGCUGUUUAAAAUAGCUAUUGAUCAAGUUAACCAACUUACAGAUGAUAUCUUAUCUUCUAGAAUUCCUGGAAGAAGGAGCGAACAAAAGAGAAAUGAUACCUUAGACUUUCCUAUCGAUAAUUUUUCAGAGAAAUCAGCUGUUAAAAGCUCUAGAAGGAUCUCGAAUAACAGAAACAAUCUUUUCCAAAACUCAGUUAUUCAAGAAUCGAUGAUUAAGAAAAAUAAAAGACUCAAAAAGAGUGUUGUGUUAAGGAAAUCUGCCUGAAAUUAUUACAAGAAGACUGAAAUUAAUAAGUCAAUCCCCCUGGGAAUUCGACCAAUAAAGUCUAUCAAUUUACCAAACAUUAGCAAUUUCUGACACAAGCCAAACUCGAUGUUUAAUAACUCAAAAUUUUUUAGAGGGACUCCUAAAAUAGUAGCUGAUUCCCACAGGAAGAGGAUCAAACAUUUUGGAAAAUAUAUUAAAAUUUCUAGUAACAACAACAGCGUGAGACAAGAAAGCAUCCCUCUUACAGAUCAUUUCAGAAGUAUAAGUGUAUCUAAUAGCAAAGGAUCUGUAAUUACUCUAAAAAUUCCAGAUAAUGCUACAAAAUCUUGUGAGAGAAAUAGCAUUGAAGGUAGCCCAAGAAAAGGCAUUUUCCCUACUCCAAAUAGAAUCACAAAGCAAAACUAUUUCUUGAAAGAAAAUCUGUUUAAAGAGGAUCCUAACAUUCAAAGGAUGAGUUUUGGAAAACCAAUUUUUCAGAUUGUCUAAAGUAGGGAUAAGAAAUAAUUCCAGCUGAAUAAUUUUUCAAUGUGAUCCC